GUGGAGUAUAUAUUUGCAUUUAGGUUUCAGUCUUUCAGAGUUCAGAGAGACUUUUGAGUUAUUUCCCGAAAAACGACCCGAGAGAGAUGGCCAGCUCUGCACAUACAAUGACUGGUGGGGAUGGAAAGUACAGCUACUCUGUUCACUCUUAUAAUCAGAGAGAGGCAGCUGAUCUAUCAAAGAGAAUGCUGGUGGAAGCCAUAGUCGAAAACCUUGACAUUGAAACUCAGUCUCCUACUACAAGCUCAUUCCGGAUUGCUGACUUAGGUUGUUCUGUUGGGCCUAAAAUUUCCGCAAUCAACAUCAUCAUUGAAGCUGUAGCACAAAAAUACCAGCUUAUUAAAGGCCACUCUGAUCUCCCAGCAGAAAUUCAAGUUUACUUUAGUGAUUUGGUGUCCAAUGAUUUCAAUCAUCUCUUUGCCAGUCUCCCGCAAGAUAGGCAAUAUUUUGCGGCUGGAGUUCCGGGAUCUUUUCAUGGAAGAUUGUUUCCUAAAGCCUCCCUAGAUUUUGUUUACUCUCAGUAUGCUCUCCAAUGGCUUUCUAGGGUACCACCGGAGAUACUUGACUCCAACUCACCUGCAUUCAACAAGGGGAGGAUUAUGUAUGGAAAUUCGGCUAGUGAAGUUGGUCAGGCAUUUUCGGAUCAGUAUGCCAAGGACAUGCAGUCUUUUUUUGAUGCUCGAGCCCAUGAGCUUGCUCCUGGAGGGUUAUUGUUGCUCUUGAUUCCAGGGCGUCCGGAUGGAACUGUUCCGGCACAACAUUCCGUACAUCCACUUUUUGAACCCAUGGAGUCUAGUCUAUCCGAUAUGGUUAAUCAGGGUUUAAUAAGUGGAGAUAAACUUGACUCUUUCAACUUGCCGAUCUACUCUCCAUCCAUGGAAGAGCUAAGGAAGAUAAUAGAAAACAGCGGGUGCUUCGAUGUAUUGAGGUUGGAGAUCCAAUUACCUGAGAGGCCAACCCCUUUGCGUAGUGAGAGUGCUAGAUCAGGCUUUGAGAAAAUUCUCACCGAACACUUUGGGACUGAAAUUAUAGAACCACUUUUCAAUCGAUACUCCAAGAAAGUACAAGGUCGUUCUCCCAUUACUUCUUGUGAUGGUAUGGCUGUUGGAUUGUUCGUCCUUCUCAAGCGCAAUCCUUAAUUGUUCGGCAGCUAGGCAUGCAUAUGCUUAUUAAGUUAUGUAUUCAUAUUACAUGCUUAGGAGGAGUUGUUGUAUUGUUUUACGAUAUGCAUUGUCAUUGUGUGCUUAUUUGCAUUUUGCAAGUUUCCAAAACGAGCUUUUGGUUGAAAUAAUGAA